AUGCCUAGGACUAGGCGCAACCGCGUUAAUUGCGUAUCGGCGACGAACGAACCGCGGAAUUGCCCCGGUGGCCGAUCCCGCCGAUCCGACGAGCGUACACGCGGACGUCGCGACGCGCACAAAUCGGCCCGCCGCGCUCGGCUAGUUGUCACAUUACGGCCGUCGAGUUGUGCGGCCAAUGUAAUGUAUAGGUACGUCUCGCACGAAAUUAUCGACGACAAGGCAUCGCAAUUGGUCCGUCCUAACUUCGAGUACAAUCGGUUGUUGCCGGAGGAAUCUUAUGUCGCAUAUGGAGCCGACCAUUUCGUAAUAUCUGACCGGCCCAGAUGUGCAGAUGAUCCAGUGGACCCCACCAAUCUUAACAGGUCCGUGGCAUUAUACGUACCUGCUCUUCGGCCCACCAAUGCGCCUCCGACUGGGAUCAAACCGGGGGGCAUCGAGGUGGGCAUGUACAGACGGCACGUGUCGCCCAUAUACCCGCGGAAGCUUAAGCCGGAGACGCUGUACGACCGCCGCCAAGGGCUGAACCACUGCUUCGCCAGCUCCAGGCUCCUACACCUGAGCCCCUGCCGCACUACCAGGCCCUCGUCGCGCAGCUCUCUCUCCUCCCGCCUCUCUAGCAGCCACAACUCCCUCUGCACCCAAUUCCAAGCGGACGACUCAAACUUCAUCACGCAGGCUAUAUCACACGACACGCUCUCCGCGAAGACAUCUACCAUAACCGACAUGUACAAUGUCCCAUUCGACAGCGACAUCUACGCGGUCCCAAUAGACAUGGUGAGGCCGAGCCACAGCACCACCCGGGGCAAGCCCAAGAAGUCCACCCGGCCCAACAGGAGACGCGGCAAGAGCACCCCGCAGAAUAUUGGCGGCAGCAGCUUCGCACCGCUCGAACGCAGCCACCGGCCGAAGGAUCCUAGCCGGCAGAAGGACGUGAAAACCAAGAGGCACAGCCUGCCCAGUUCCUCGUGCAAGAGGAACAACACCGACACCGACAACGACUCGCUGCAUCUCACGCUGCGCGAGAUGAGGAAGUACUUGCACACCCUGUACUCGAGCUCGAGUGACUCCGAAUGCCGGAGCACGAUCAAUAAGAGGGGCACCGGCGUCGCUACCAAUGUCGGCGUCCACGUGAGGCACGGCAACAAGAGGGAGGGCAACCACGCUGCGUUCCUUAAGGAGGCCAACGAGCUCACCCGCACCGCGGAAGCGAACAACAACCACCGCAGCACCAACAAGAACUCGGUCGCUCUGAGCGUUAACGACAAGCAGCACAAGGAAAGCGCCAUAGAGUUCGCGGAGGCGGAGAGGAGCGAUAGGGGCGGCAAGAAGACCCCAAACGCGAAGCCCAAGAUGUCGCCCGUGAGGAUCCUGUCGAUGAACCUGAAGCAGAGCUUCUGCAACCUGUUCCGUUGGCGCCGCAGUGGCUCCGAGGAGGCGGCGGCCGUCGGCGCCGGCGCCGCGUCGGGCCCCGUCGGGCCGGUGACGCGGCCGCCGCAGGCCGCCGUCCGGCGCGCCCUCCCGCCACUGCCGACGUCCCCGCGCGCCGUACACCACCGCCGGCACGGCCAAGACGACGACGCCGCCACGGACUUCGCCACUUCCAUCCAGAAGGUCAAGGACUACCCGUGGUACUGGGGCCCCUUAUCCGUGGAGGCGGCCGAGAAGAUUCUGUCGAACGAGCCAGACGGCUCUUUCAUUGUGCGCGACAGCAGUGACGACCACUACAUCUUCACGCUCACCUUCAAGCUCAACGGGUUGCGCCACGUCCGCAUAGAACACGACCAAGGCAACUUCUGCUUCGGCGGCUGCACGAUGUUCAAGGCGCAGACGAUCGUCGAGUUCAUCGAGAACGCCGUGGAGACCUCGCGCUCCGGACGAUACCUCUUCUUCCUAAAUCUUCGUCCAGUCCUGGGGCCGGUGCGGGUGCAGCUGCUCUACCCGGUGUCGCGAUUCAAGCGCGUGCAGAGCCUGCAGCACUCGUGCCGCUUCGUGAUACUAAAGCACGUGCGCCGCGACCUGGUCAACAGCCUGCCGCUACCGCGCCGCCUCCUGGACUACCUGAACGCCACCCACUACUACUCGGAGCUGCUGGCCGACAUA